UGGAUGUCGUCCACGCAUGCGCACUGACGGCCCUUCUGUCAAAAAUGGCUGUGCUUUGGAAGCAGGAAAAAUGCUGAAUUGUGUUGGCACAGCUCAGGAAAAGCGGCAGACAUGGCUAGAUUGGCUGACUACUUUGUUGUUGUGGGAUACGAUCAGGAAAAAGCCGGUUCUGGAGAGGGAUGUGGGAAGAUUAUUCAGCGAUUUCCCAAGAAGGAUUGGGAUGGGACAGCCUUCCCUCAAGGGGUGGAAAUGUUCUGCCAGCCAGGAGGUUGGAAGCUGUCCAGAGAGAGGAAAGCACCCACCUUCUUCACUGUCGUGCUGACGGAUAUUGAAUCAGACAGGCACUACUGCUCCUGCCUCACUUUUUAUGAGGCUGAGGUCAAUCUGCAGGGAUCUAAAAGUAUCGAGGUUGACGAAGAUGAGGAGGUGGAAGAGGAUUGCUUGAUCCAGCCAGCUCAAGUGUUUGCUCCAAAAAGUCUCAUUCUCGUGUCCAGAUUAGAUCAUCCAGAAAUAUUCAGGGGUUGUUUGGGACUUAUCUACACCGUGCACAUUGAUAGCCUUACUGUCCCUUUAGAGGGUUUGGUGGCCAAUCUGUUCAUAUUUCACGUCCCUGUAGCUGGUGGAUCCCAGAAGCUAUUUAGCCUGGGAGCUGGUGACCGACAACUAAUCCAGACGCCUCUGAAUGACACAUUACCUGUCACAUGCAAGAGUGUCGCUCUGCUCUUCCAGCAACUAGGUAUUCAAAAUGUUUUAAGCCUGUUUUGUGCAAUACUGACCGAGCACAAAGUUUUGUUCCACUCCACGAGUUACCAGAGGCUUGGGGAGGCGUGUCGCGCUUUGGAAGCUCUUAUGUUUCCCCUCAAAUACAGUUAUCCCUAUAUCCCCAUCCUGCCGUCACGUCUACUGGAGGUGCUCAGCUCCCCGACUCCCUUUAUCAUCGGCGUGCACUCCAUGUUUCAGAGUGAAAUCCAGGAGCUGUUGGAUGUCAUCAUCGCAGACCUUGAUGGAGGCACAAUAAAAAUCCCAGAGUGCAUCCACUUGUCUCUACUUCCUGAACCUCUUCUCAGCCAAACACAGGCGGCCUUGUCAUUGGUAUUGCAUCCUGAUCUGGAGAUUGCAGACAAUGCGUUCCCUCCACCUCGCACUGCACCCUCCAACCUCAAGUUGUUGGACAAGGAGGUGAGGGCUGUCUUUCUCAGGCUGUUUGCACAACUCUUCCAGGGCUACAGGUCAUGCCUGCAGCUCAUUCGCAUCCAUUCCGAAACUGUGAUUCACUUUCACAAGACUGCCUUUCUAGGCCAGCGGGGCCUCAUUGAGAACGAUUUCAUCACUAAAGUCUUGGAUGGCAUGGCCUUCGCUGGGUUUGUCUCUGAGCGUGGUCCGCCUUACCGAGCUUGUGAUCUCUUUGAUGAGCUGGUGGCCUUAGAUAUUGACAAAUUUAGGGAAGAAGAUCUCAACCCUGUCAAGCUGCAGAGACGCAUCAGGGAACUCUCCGAACAACUAUACAGAAAUGAGAUUCCAAACCCACACUUGACAUUCCAGAAAGUGCCCAGACCAUCAGAGGGAUCACACCUCCGAGUGCACCAAAUACCUUUCCCCCUGUUGGGUGACGACCAAGUGGAGAAGCUACUGCAGGAGGGUCUGGCCAAACACACCAAUGUCCCUCCAUUAACACGGCUGGAGAAAAAGUGUGUUGUACCUGCUGGUCCUCCUGUUGUGUCCAUUAUGGGAAAGACUGCCUCUGUGUUUAACAGUGCUCGCAGGCUUGAAGUAGUCAAGAGCUGCAUAGCCUUCAUCUUUGAAAACAAGAUCCUCGAGACGGAAAAGACUCUUCCUGCUGCUCUGCGGGCACUCAAAGGCAAAGCAGCUCGCCAGUGUCUAACUGAGGAGCUAAGUCUUCAUGUUCAGCAAAAUCGGGCCAUACUGGACCACCAGCAGUUUGACUACAUCAUUCGGAUGAUGAAUUGUGCCCUGCAGGACUGUUCCAGCUCAGAAGAAUACACCGUGGCUUCUGCACUGCUGCCACUGUCAACAGCUUUUUACAGAAAAUUGGUUGCUGGGGUGAACCAGUUUGCCUACACCUGCAUCCAGGACCACCCCAUUUGGACCAACCAGCAGUUUUGGGAGGCCACUUUCUAUGGCGAGGUCCAGAGCCAGAUCAGAGCCUUGUACCUCAACAGCCCGGAGGAGAAGUGGGGCAUCGCUGUCAGGUUGAAGGAUGUGGGCAGAGUGCCUGGAAAAGACGAGGAGCAGACAGCGAUGGAUCUGGCCGCCGAGCAGCUGCGCUUGUGGCCAAGCCUGAGCAAAGAGAAGCAGCAGGAACUGGUGAAGAACGAGGAGAGUACCAUUUUCAGCCAGGCCAUCCAUUAUGCCAGCCUCAUGGUAUACUUGCUAGUUCCUUUGGACACCAGCAAGAACAAGCUGCUUCGCAACACGCCCGCAGCCGACUGGGAGAGUGGAAGCAACAGCAUCGUCACCAACAGCAUCGCUGGCAGUGUCGCUGAGAGCUUCGACACAGAAAGCGGCUUCGAGGAGUCGGAGAACAGCGACGUGGCCCAUUCGGUGGUCAGAUUUGUGGCUCGCUUCAUCGACAAGGUGUGCACUGAGAGCGGAGUAACCCAAGAACACAUCAAGAACCUUCACAGCAUGAUUCCUGGCGUCGUCGCCAUGCAGAUGGAGGCUCUAGAGGCAGUUCACAGGGAGAGCAGGAGGUUACCGCCCAUUCAAAAGCACUUGGUAAUCCUUGUUACACGCACUCAUACACACAGACAAACACCAUCCCAGUACUGCCUUGAGACCAACCUGGAAGCUGUGCCUAAAAUUCUACGUCCAGCACUGCUUCCUGGGGAGGAAUUUGUGACCGAGGGAUUGAGGGUGCUUCUGGAUCCUGAUGGCAGGGAAGAAGCCACUGGGGGGAUGCUGGGGGGCCCACACAUCCUGCCAGCAGAGGGAGCACUCUUCCUCACCACGUACCGCAUCAUCUUCAAAGGCAUCCCCCAUGACCCCCUGGUGGGGGAGCAGGCGGUGAUCAGAGCCUUCCCAGUGUCCACCUUGACUAAGGAGAAAAAGAUCAGCAUCCAGAACCUACUGCAGCAGAACAUGCAGGAGGGUCUCCAGCUACGCUCUGCAUCCUGUCAGUUGAUAAAGGUGGCUUUCGACGAAGAGGUGAACUCUGAAAUGGUGGAGAUGUUCAGGAAGCACAUACAGCGAAUCCGCUACCCACAGUCCAUCUUCAGCUCCUUUGCAUUUGCCGCAGGGCAAACUCAACCUCAGCUUAUCCUUCCAAAGCAAAAAGAGAGGAACACUGGCUUUAGAACACUAUCCAAGACUAUUGUCAAAGGAGCUAAAAGAGCCAGCAAGAUCACAAUGGGCCGUGGUAGCGUGACCUCACUGAAAAGGAAUGACAGAGGCAGCAGAAUGACCUGGCACGAAGAUGAUGACAUAUCAAUAUCAGAUGAUGGGGAGCCACCACCUUGCAGCACUUUGAGAUCCUCCGAGAAGUCCACCAUGGAGCAGCUGGUGGAGCAGUCUUGUUUCCGUGACUACCAGCGGAUGGGCUUUGGUACGAUCACGGCCAGCUCAUCUCGCUCCAAGUCGGGCGACCAGUUUCGGAUCACGGCUGUGAAUAGGCUUUAUUCUCUUUGUCGCAGUUAUCCGGGUCUGCUGGUGGUUCCCCAGGCCAUACAAGACAGCAGUUUACACAAAGUGGCACGAUGCUACCGACACAAUCGUCUGCCUGUUGUGUGUUGGAAACAUGCUCGCACCAAAGCUGUGCUGCUGCGCUCAGGAGGCUUCCAUGGCAAAAGUGUUGUGGGAUUGUUCAAGUCACAGAACCCCUCUUCAACAGCACCUGCAUCGUCCUCCGAGUCAUCCAGUAGCCUAGAACAAGAGAAGUACCUGCAAGCCAUCUUUGACUCCAUACCCAUUUACUUCAAGAUGAAUGGCCAUAACACCCUCUCUAACCGCUCGAUCAUAGGCCUCUCACCAGGGAGCGAAAGGAGAACAUCCAGAAUACCAAAGAUGGCUCCCGUCCAUUUAGACAUCCCAUUUUCAAAUAGCUUUACCAGAGGAGUGCUUGAGUACAGAGAUAAACUAUUCACUCACUCAAACCCCAAACCUACCAAUCAGGAGAGAAUCCACAACCAAGGCAUGUGGGCCAGCCUGCGCUCCAGCAGCAGACUGAGCCAGCACCCAUCCACAGUAAGCGUGGGCGCCAGACUCGCAGGGAAAGAUUUGGCGCCACCUGCAGGGAGUAACAGCCUACAGGCCCAGCUACUCAAACAGCAAGCUGCCUUCUAUGUGUUUGGUGAAAAGUCACAUUUGAAGGGCCUCAGAGUGGACACCUCUCUGAACUGUGAACUGGUACCGGUGGACUUCGCAGACAUGCGGCAAGUGAAGAGCUCCUUUAAAAAGCUGCUGAGGGCUUGCGCUCCCAGUGCCAAUUCCUCUGACUCCGAAGACUCUUUCCUCAAAGCUUUGGAAGACUCCGAAUGGAUCCUGCAGCUUCACAAGAUCCUGCAGCUGGCUCUCUUUUUGGUGGAGCUCCUGGACAGCGGCUCAUCUGUUCUGCUCAGUCUGGAGGACGGCUGGGACAUCACCACACAAGUGGUGUCUUUAGUGCAGCUGCUGAGCGACCCUUUCUACCGCACUCUGGAGGGCUUUCACGUGCUGCUGGAGAAAGAGUGGCUCUCCUUCGGCCACAAGUUUAGCCAACGCAGCAACCUGAGUCCCAGCAGUCAGGGCAGUGGCUUUACACCAAUCUUUCUGCAAUUCUUGGACUGUGUUCACCAGAUUUUGAUGCAGCAUCCUGUGGAGUUUGAGUUCAAUCAGUACUAUCUGAAGUUCCUGGCCUAUCAUCAUAUCUCCAACCGCUUCAAGAACUUCCUGUUGGACUCUGACUACGAGCGCUUGGAACACGGCCUGUUAUUUGACGAUAAGGGUGAUAAGCAGGCGAGGAAAGGCAUCUGCAUCUGGGAGUGCAUCAAUAGGAUCCAUCGGCGGAGUCCAAUCUUCUUCAACUAUCUGUACAACGCAUCAGAGAGCGAAACCAUCCUCAAACCAUCGGUUGCCAUCCCCAACCUGAAGACGUGGGACUUCUUUACCGACGAGACGCUGUCGACGGGACCGUGUUACGACUGGCGACUGAUGGCGGCGAGGCCAGACAGCUCUGAGGAGCCCCAGACCAUCUCCAGCAGCAAGAGGAGAAUCGUGUGGCCUUGCUACAGCAGCGUGACCCGUGCUCAGCCCGAUGCCAUCACCAAGCUGCUCGCUGACAUUGAGAAGCUGGAGGGAGAGAUGAACCAGACCCCCGAGAGAUGGCAAAUCGUUCUGGACAGAGUCCUCAUUAGUAUCCAGGAAGACCUCAAGCAAGAACUCUGCAAGCAGUCUCUGUCCAUUUCCGGCCUCAUUCCCACGUCCAGCCUGCAGGCACUGCAGCGGCGCUCUAUGCUGCACCUGCCAGACAGCAGCCUGGUGGAGGACCGCAGCACGGCCACAUCCAAUGGGAUCAACCGGCGCGCCGCCACACUUUACAACCAGUUCACCCCCAAGAGCGAGGAGAACAGGUCGUACGAGGGUGUCCUGUACAAACGAGGAGCCCUGCUCAAAGGUUGGAAGCCUCGGUGGUUCGUGCUGGACAUUACCAAGCACCAGAUGAGGUACUACGACACCGGCGAGGACACCAAUUGUCGAGGUCACAUCGAGCUGGCAGAGGUGGAGUCGGUGCUCAUCGCCACGCCCACCACCGGCGCACCCAAACACAUCAGUGAAAAGGCUUUCUUUGACUUGAAGACCAGCAAAAGAGUGUAUAACUUCUGUGCGUCAGACGCAGCCAGUGCUCAGCUGUGGAUGGACAAAAUCCAGAACUGCAUCUCUGACGCCUGAAGCGCGCCGCCGGGAGGUCGAGCGAGGUUAUCCGCGCUGCGCCGCGCCGGGUGGGCUGGACGGGGACAUCAGAGACAGCUCAUCAUCCCCCCCCUUUCUGACAUUUUCUUUUUUAGGGACCACAGCUGCCAUCACAGCUCUCUGUGGAAAAGGAGGUAGGACCACUUCAAAGCAAUAAGGCUCGUUGGUCGUCCCAGCUGUGCGCCAUUUUGUAACAGAGAAGAAGUUGUAUUUUACUACCAGGAGAAGUUACUGCUGCUUCGUGUUUAAUGCACAACACGACAAGGCAAUUUGUUGCACUUAGGAACCGUAUGCACUCCUGAAGUGAGGCGGAAGCCAUUUUGUUAGCUUUUCAAUUCACACUACAAGUGAGCAGUCCCUCCAAGCUAGGUUCCAUGUUCAAUUAAAGAUGGAAGCGAAAACAACAAUUUGCACAGCCAAUUCAAAAGUUACCUGACCUUGUUUUAUUUAAUUUUGUUUUGUGUGUGUGAAAUGUCCAUUAGGCCUAACAAUGUUGUUUCGUGGAUUGUAAAUUAUUUUUUUUUAAAGAAAAAUUUCCUUGUCCUCGUUUGUGUAAAUAUUUUUUUCACUUUUUGAUUUUGUAAAGCAAACGUUUUCUUACCUUCCUGAUGUCACUAAUAAUUGUUUCUUGAAUGUUACUGUCGCAAAUACCUGAGUGGCCUUCUUUGUCAAAAGGAAGACUUUUUUUUGUCUUUUUAGGCCUUUUAACAAAACAAAUAAGUGUUUUACUGUUGCAUCAAAGUAAAAUGAAGCAAUUCAAAGAUAUCAGCAGCUUUGUUACUGCAUCCUUUUACAGUGUUGUGCCAACACUAAUUGUGUUUUUUGAGGGGAAAUAAACAAUUGAAAUGCA